AUGGCAGAUCCUCCCGAAUUUUCAUCGGAGGAAGCGACGCAGCAGCUGAUCUACCUCGAUGAUUGGGAGAAAUCUCAUGACAAGGACAAUGAGAACGUGCCACAGCAAGUCGCCGAGUUGCGCAUCGCUCGACCCCAUCUCGAAGCUGUAUCUCUAGGCUCUACGGAAUGGGACGGAGACAAAGUUAGUCGCCUGAUCAAUCAGCACUUGCUGGUGAACAUGCAACUACCCAUCAUGGCGGAGAAUGCCACGAAUGAUCAAGCUUUACACAACGAAGAAGACUCUCUAGAUACCACUGCUGCUACUGUCGCUGACGCUGUUACGCGCAGUCCCACUGCAGAGUCCUCGCCUAAAGUGGAUGGCGCUUCUACCGAAUCUGUGGUCAAAGGAGCGAAACUCGACUUUGGAGAUCGCAUUGAGAAGAUUUCCAAAAUCAAGUUGGCUAAGCACACUGCCAAAGCAUGGUCGUUCCUCCAAAGCGGUCGACAAUCCACCCCGUCCGUACCUUGCCGUAGUCAUGACGACGAAGAUCUUAUCUCGUUCGAAGAUGAUCCUGUGGCUGGACCCUUCGAUGGUGAUGAAAUCAAGGGCGAACUCAACGACAUCAACCACAUCACGAUGCUGAAAGUCGAAGAUGAUCAUGUUGAAGUUACACAGAUCCCAGAAGAGAUUAGGGCUGCCAACUGUUUCACCUGUGGCCUCUCUUCCGCCGAAUCACUGAUCAUGUGCCCUUGUGGUCACAGGUACUGUGCUGAGUGUCUUUGCAACAUGGUCAAGUCUUCUAUUCGAGAUGAAGUUCCAUUCCCACCUGUCUGUUGCAAAAGGCUUGUUCCCAUUGAUGUGAACGCGGCAUUCUUUGACAAAGACACUCUGUGCGAUUUCUUCGCCAGGAAGUUUGGGAUCACAUACUUGACCGCGGAUGGUUCUCCCAAGAAGCGAAAGUAUGAAGCUCUCAUGACACCAUCUCUGGAAACGAUUUCACCCCAAGUUCACGCCAUGAACUUAGGUACACCAAAGAACGAAGGGCUUUGCUAUCUCUGCAAGCGUGUCAAUGAGAAAGACUCUUUUUGCCCUGAUUGCUGCUACCGUUGCAAUCGCAACCGCACUUUAUGCAACUGCGCCUGGUGGGUAGAUCGACAAAAGAGAAUCAGAGCAGAAAAGAAUGUGAAUGGCAACGCAUUCGAUCCGGACGUUCCCGUAUUCCGUCCGACAAACAACAGCCAUGAACCCAGGAAGAUGCCAUUGAACGGUGUCUUCAAUCGCAGUCGAGACUCAACUCCUCUUGAACUAGUCAGGCCAGUACUGUGA